GGCGAGGCACCCAGCGGCUGCCGAGGCGAGGCGAGGCGGGCGCUGGCGGCAUGGGCCCCGACGGGCUGCAGCUCGGCUCCUACGGCGGGGCCGCCGCCGCCGCCGCCCUGCUGCUCUGGGCCGUCUGCGUGCUCUGCAGGAGGAGAAGGAAGACUGGAGAGCCCCCACUAAUAAAUGGCUGGAUUCCUUUCCUUGGGAAGGCUUUGACUUUUAGAAAAGAUGCUUUCAAAUUCUUGUUGGAUCAGCAAAAGAAACUUGGAGAUAUUUUCACUGUACAUAUUGCCGGUAGAUAUAUUACAUUUAUCAUGGACCCAUUUCAAUAUGUCUACGUCAUCCGAAAUAGCAAGCAACUUGAAUUCCAUGAAUUUGCUAAUAAAAUGUCUUCCAGAACUUUUGACUACCCAGCCCUGUCUAAAGCAAAAUUCCCGGAUCUUAAAGAAAACCUUCAUAGAAUCUACCAGUAUCUACAAGGCAAGCCUUUGGAUAUAAUUUCUGACCACAUGAUGAAAAAUCUCCAGGAUAUACUUGAAUGGAAAUGCUCACAAGCAACAGAUUGGGAAACAGAAAAAAUGUACAAAUUCUGCUGCUCUGUAAUGUUUGAAGCCAGUUUUGUAACACUAUAUGGAAGAGUUCCUGCUGCAGAUGGCCACAAAGUUAUUAGUGAAAUCAGAGACAAAUUUAUCAAGUUUGAUGCCAGCUUUCCCUAUUUAGCUGCAAACAUACCAAUUGAGUUGCUAGGAGCUACCAAGAGGGUUCGGAAGGAGCUUAUACAUCAUUUUUUACUUCAGAACAUGACAAAAUGGCUGGGACAGUCAAAAGUGGUCCAAGCCAGACAAGAUAUAUUUGAGAAAUAUGAGCUGCUCAGAGAUUAUGACAAAGCAGCACAUCAUUUUGCCUUCCUGUGGGCCUCUGUGGGAAACACGAUUCCAGCUACAUUCUGGGCCAUGUAUUAUCUUCUGCGGCACCCAGAAGCUCUUGCAGCGGUGCGUGACGAGAUUGACCAUUUGCUGCAGUCAACAGGUCAAAAGAGAGGCCCUACGUAUAACAUCCACCUCACCAGAGAACAAUUGGACAACCUGGUCUACCUAGAGAGUGCCCUAAACGAGAGUUUACGGAUGUGCUCGUCUUCCAUGAACAUUCGCGUCAGCCAGGAGGAUUUUGUUCUCAAGCUUGAAGGGGAUCAGGAAGUCAGUUUGAGGAGAGGAGACUGGGUAGCCCUUUACCCUCAGAUUUUGCACAUGGACCCCGAGGUCUAUGAAGACCCUAAGGAAUAUAAGUUUGAUCGUUACAUAGAAAAUGGCAAGAAGAAAACCACAUUCUACAAAGCAGGAAGAAAACUGAAAUAUUUCCUAAUGCCCUUUGGCUCUGGGAUCAGCAUGUGUCCAGGGAGAUUCCUUGCAAUGAAUGAAAUUAAGAUGUUUCUUUUCUUGCUUUUGUCUCAUUUUGAUGUAGAACUGGUGGAAAACAAAGCUGUCAGACUUGACAACAGUCGUAUGGGCCUUGGUAUCCUCCUCCCAGACAUGGAUGUUGUCUUUCGUUACAAGCUAAGGUCAUUAGGAAAGUGAGCAGCUGCCUAUGUGCCUUCCAUUAACCUCAGUGCUUGCUCUGUUUCCUCACUCUGUUUUUUAUUUUAGAGAAUAUUUGCUCUUCCCUCUCUACUUUUGUCUCCUUCCUGUUUGUUUUUAAGGAGAAAAGCCCUUGGACUGAGGGUAGAUGUCACAUGCUGGGACAUGCAACCUCCAUUUGUCCUGCUGAGUUCAUAGUGAAGUGAGAUGACUAGAGCUGGGCUGACUAAAUAGCCCAGUGUGCCUCCACGAAAGGUCCCCAUAUUCUCAGACAUGAGCCGAGUAGGAUUUUCAGGGAGGUUGGCCUCAAGCUGAAUCCAAGUUGUGUAUAUGGGAAACGUUGUUCAGCAGCUGUUUCUGGGGAACCGCUUAGGCUCCCUGGAAACUUGACAAUUCAAGUACACUGCAGACGUCCUUUGAGCCAAAAGGCCUCAUUCCUUAACAGGGGCUACCUCUUUUUAUAUUAAGAGGUCCCAUAUACCUUACCAUCUGGGUGCUUCACUGCAUCUGCUCAAAGAAACAUAAUAGCAAGAAAGGAGAAACUUAGAAAAUUCUGUAUGGUGGCUUACCCUCUGGAAGGAAAGAGUUUGUAAUAAUCAUUGUCCUAACUUUUUAUUUACUCUGUUCCCUUCAUGGACCUAAGUGUCUAUAGUCCUUAGUUGGGAGAUGCAAUGGAAGCUAUAUGGGUAGGGGGCAUGAUUUUCAAGAGUGACCUUCUGGGAACAUAUCUCUGGUGUCAGUGAUAUGUGCUGAGGGUGAACACUUUGUGCAAAGCAAAGAAAUUAAAAUGUGUGAUUUUCUUUUUUCUAUGGUCCAUUAAAGUUAGAGUGGAGGUUCUGUUGAUUUUAAUGGAUUCUGUAUCAAGCCUAAAUUAUCUAUUUUGGCUUUUGAGCCAUAAAACUAAACUCUUCAGGGAGAAAAUAUAUGAGCCUGUUUGAAAUGAUGCUAUCAUCUCAAAAAUUACCUUCUAUUUAUCUUACUGUUUUACUAGUAACAUGUCUGUUUAUUUUGACAAUUUCUUGUGUUUGUUAGUUUCUCCAAAAAAAGCAAAAGAAUGACAGAGGUCUUAAAGGACAAGUGUGGUAUCUAAAACUACUUUUUAAUAUUGUUUUAAUGUGCCUGAGUUAUGCAUAGGCAGAGUGGUCUAGCCUAUGUUUGCAUUGUCUGCAUUAUCUGCCUACAGAUUGGAAGGUUGUCUGCAUCAGUAGUUCUUGAUGGAGAUGACCUUCCUUAAGUCUUUAGUUCAAUAUUCUUGAUGGUUUAAGGGGAUUGGGGGAAAGACAAACAUAAAAUAAUUUGAGUGAAUUUGUCUUAAUGCAAGAUUUUAGUCAUCUAAAAGCCAAACUACCCUCCUCAUCACAAUGAGCUAAGGUGAUUGACACCUUUUUUCCUGGAAUUUUUAACAUCUUUUAGGGUUGCAUGACCUGGACAAUAAAUUAAAUGCAAGAAGAUCUAAAGUCCUAUAAUACCUAGUAAAGUCUUAUAAUACCUCCACAUCAACUGCAUUACACUUCCUAUUGAGGCUUCAUACCUUCUUCAAAAAUGACCUUCUUUGGGGCCAAAAUCUGAGCAAGUAAAAACCCUAGGCAGUCAUAGAAUUUAGUUGUGUACUGACUGCACAGCGUCCUUGACUGGCUUGCUUUUUUCAUAAAUUAAUUUACUAGUGUGUAGGCUAUAAGAAGAUCUUUAGAUCUUUAGACCCAGUUUCUGUUCCCAGCCAUCACUUCAGAGUCUGGUGAGGAUUCUCUUGGCUGUCCAGUCUCAAUUUGCCAAGAUGAUAAUUGUGGUGGGAGAGUAGCCAUGUCAGUGGGCUUCAUCCUGUGUUCCCAAAAAUCCUGUGGUUUGGAUGUGCCAGCAAAAGGUGUGCCCACACAACCAGCCAAUGAAUAAUAAUGCUAUACAUGAACAAGACUUCUCCUUAUGCUCCCAAGUAUACAGUCAUCACCCAUAGAAGUUAGCCUUAGAAGAAAGAUGAGCAGUCACUGCAAGAGAAGGUUAGUUUGGCUAGUGAACCCUUAAUCUAUUCUGUGCCAGGAUUUGCAUUUCUCUAAAUAGCUAACUAGCCAUGGAAGUGUUGCAGCUACCUGAAUGUGAGUUCAGAUUUGCCUAUAGAUGCUGACUGAAUUGCUGGCUUAUCUGGAGUUGGAGUGGCCAAAAGCACUCAAUGCACUCAAAUGUUCUCAGUGCUUGCUGAACAAGUCAUUGAAAAAAAUCACCUUUUCCAGAAUUUUGUUGCUUGCACUGCUGCCUUUUUGGGGUGCUGUGCAUUGAUGCUGUCAGAAGCAUGGUGCUCCAAAAAAGCCCCUGACACUCUAUUCAGUGCAAAGGACAUGGACCUCUGAAAACUUUGGCUUGACACAUCUUUACCAGUGGAUAAUCAGUGUCACUAGCUAACUUAGAGAAUGGUGAACUGAAAUUUCCUGUUCCUUAGUCCUGCAUUUCUUUUAAAAUGGGAAAUUUUACUCAUUUCUAGAGCACUUGAUGGCCUUUCGGUGAAAACUGCUGUUCAUUACUAAGAAUUAUUUGUUAUUAUUUGUGUCUAAGACCAUUCAGUUAUUCAUGUAAAGCACAUACGCUAAAUAAGCAUCAGUAGAAAGGCUUUCAGAGACUGGCACAGCCACAUUCCAAGUCCUCAGAGGAGAAAAUUGUGUUUUUGUGAGAUAUAUUGGAUGAACAUUUUCAUAUAUAAUAUCAAUAAUGUCUACAGUGUUGGAGUAUACUUACAUUAAAUGGGCUUUGCAGUUGAUUAAAUGCCUUAACUUUGCUUCAACAUUUAAUCAACUGCAAAACCUGAUUAGUGCCUUGUGCCAUAGAAUAAAAAUUUGUUUUUAUACAGAGAUUCUUGUAUUCAAGUUAGUCACUGCUCUAGUUACUCUGAAGGUAAGCACAAGAUCUAUUCUGUACUCAACCAUAGCUCACAAUCCAGUUUGGACAUUAGAAGCUGUUUUUAUUGAGAGAAGAAAAGUUGAUAUCAUUACACUGUUGACUGUAUUACAUUAUUGCUUAAAUGUAAGCUGUAAAAUGUCUCAUGCCACAGUUAUGGUAAAUCUUUCUUUGGCAUCCGACUUUGAAACAAACCUGAAGCAACUGCAAAAAUAACAGUAGGUAUUUGUUUUAAACAUGACUUUUUUGUAAUUAUAUUCUAUUUUUAGGAUUUUGAAUAAGAAUAUCACAGGCUGCUGCAUAAUUUAGUAGGACGUAAUGGGACUCUGCCAAAAAUACAUGCAAAUUCUUAGUAAUUUCAGAUUAAUUGCUGAUCAGUUUGUAUAGUAUCUAUUUUGAAAUUAAAAGAAGAGCUAAGUUAUCUCCAAACUAUCAAAUUCAAUCUGUAGGCACACAUUCAUUUAAGAAAAGUGUCAGAACUUUUACCGGAAGUUGAAGGAAAGCUCCAUGAGAGCACUUAGAGGUCAUCCAUUAGGGUUGGGGGUGCACUCUUUUCACCACACAAGAAACAAAUCAGAUUAGUCAAACUUUAAACAAAGCAAGACCUGCAGAGGUUGUCCCAUAACUGUGCCCCAUGCUGCAUCAAGAAUCUAGAAAAUGUCCUGGUAGAUUUGCUACCAACCAAUGCUGCCAACAUCCCUAACUUAGGGCUUGCGUAGCCUAUCUGCAGUAGAGUAAGCCUCACCCUCUCUUCAAAGUCAUGUAUGCGAGAGCAGGAUAGAGGAAGUGGUAGGACUGUUUUUCCUUCUGGAUUGUCUGCUUGGCAGCUGAGUGGGUGACUCAUUUGGAGUUAGCAGCUGCUCUGACCAAGGAUGAGUUUGUGCAGGGGGAGCAGGUAGCGAAAGGCGCAUGGUGCUGGUGUCCUGCUCAGCAAGCCAAAGCAGCUCAGAGGCAUGAGCAGGCCAGUCCCCAGAGGCAGAGAGGUUGAAGCCAAGCUGAGGGGGUUGGUUUAAGCCAAGCUGACGCAACAUGCUGCGCAGAAGUGGAAUGCCGUGUCUGUAGGUUUGUUUCAUGACAUAGGGAGCUUUGGAUGGUGUCCUCUGCCACAGACCCCAGGAGUGACAAGCUCUUUGUAUCAGUCACCAGGGUGCCCAGGUGGCAAAAUCGUCUAAGCAGAGACUUCUGUGCGGUUUGCAAGCUGCCAUUGGUGCUGCAGGGGUGGAGUGGGGGAGACAGGCAGGCCAAUUGCUUCUUCAUCGCUCCUUUGACCUUCAGAAGCAGGAGCUCCCUGCAAGCCCAGAAGUGCUGGGCUAUUUCAUCUGCAGGCAGAGCAGGCAUAGCCUGGGCUGUUUUGUAGGUCAGUGCAGAGGAGCAUGCAAGUGCCCCUUGGAUUCCUCUGGUGUUCUUCUAAUGAAAUAGUGCACUGACUGAUUUAAAAAAACUUGGCUGGUCAGUACCAAUCUCUUACAGUAAGCUGUCACUGCCUAUAGCUAUAAUGGUAUUUCCUUGUGUUAUUGAAAAAAUGGAUAUAAUAAUAAUAAAAAAGAUGUACUAAGCCAAUGCAGCCAUUUAUAGGACCUGAAAAGACAUUUUAAGUGAUUUCCUUGUGAACGGAUGUGAAUACUAAAAUGUGAUUUUUUUUAAAUUUUAAUUUACAGAUGUAUGUGCUCCAUUUUCAUGCAGGUGUUUGGUACUACUGUAAGCUGUUGUAAGCUAUCUUUUAUCAAACUAUACUCAAAAGACUGACAGCUCAAAAGAUCAUAUUAAUCUGCAUGUACCUGUUCAUGAAUUAGGCUUCCCCAUUUGUCAUAUGUCCUAAUGUACUAAUACAGAACCAUGUAAGAGGUGUUUAGCUUACAAUUUUGAGCCAGUCACAUGUCAUUGUUAUCAGCAUUGAUAUUCUUAUGAAUAACUACUGGCCUAUGAAUUUCACUUUUAAAAUUACAAAUGAUCAUUUAUUUCAUUAUUAUUGUACUUUCUGACUUUCAAAAGAUUGUGAAUAGCUCUUAACUGUGCAAGUUGACAUUAUGUAUAUGGAUGAACAACGAAUGGGUUUUCCUUUAAUAGUUAGUGUCCAUCAUUAAGGCUCUUAGUUCAGAUAAGGUAUAUUGUGAAUUUCUGAGCAAGAGUAUUUAAACUUCAUUAUUUCAGUAAUCUAACAUCUUAAAUGAAUUUUGUAUUUCAAAGACACAAUAAAAUUGAAUAUAUCUAUUUUAA